AUGCAGCAAUUGGGAGGGGAGGAGUGUCUGGUCCCUCAGCCUCGUGGGAGUUUACCCAAAGCCUGUGCGAUAGGAUUGGCUUCUGUGGUGACGGCGGCUAUCUUGGUUUGGGAGCCUGAGGGCUUCUUCAGACACGUUUCCGCAGCAAUACUCAUCCUGACUGUGGGGCCCUUGCUACACGGAGUGUUUCUUCUCUCAGAGGAAUGUCUUCAUCAUGCAACUACCAGGUACCGUGGUCGGAGGCUGGGUCAGAUGGUGACAGCCUGUGUGGGUGUAUGUACCCUCCUGGGUGUGGGGUUGGCAGUGCUGCUGUUUAUCUUGACCAAGCCCCAGCCCUGGAGGGACCAGUGGAGCAUGGUUAUCCUGGCCUGUGUCCUCUACCCUCUACUCAAAACCCUGGGAGUACUGGGUCCGUCUGAGGUGGAGGUGUCAGAGAUCUGUGAGACGAGAAAGAUGAACGUGGCUCAUGGCCUGGCUUGGUCUUUCCACCUGGGCUACCUCAACCUGGUUCUGCCUCGGUUGGAGGGUUCUAUCACAGCGUUCCGUGCUUCACAUAAUGCAGGUUCGUUUGAGACCAGGGGUUCCAGAAAGCUCCUCAUUCUCCUCCCUCUCAACGCAAACAUUACUCACACGCUGGAGGACGAGGACACCAACAUCCAUUUCCAUGACAACCUCCCUGACACAGAGAUCGACAGGGCAGGUGUCAGGGGGCGUGUCUACAAGCACAGUGUCUACACCGUAUUGGACAAGGACAGACAGGCCCAUCACUGUGUUGUGGAGUAUGCCACCCCUCUGCUGACCCUGUAUAAGAUGUCUCAGGAGAGCAGUGCAGGGUUUGGGGAGAAGGACAGGAGAGAGCAGGUGCUGCUGUUCUACAGGACUCUACAGGACAUACUGGACCGCUCACUGGAGUGCAGGAACCGCUACCGACUCAUCCUCCUCAACGAUGAACAUGAGGAUGACCCUCACUACCUGUCCAACUCCAUUCUGAAGAACCUGGAUCAGCAGGAGAAAGAAGAGUUCUAUGUUCCCCCUUUCAUCCCUCAGCCUGAGGUGGACCACCCAUUCUAUGCCCUGCCCAUCAUAGACAACUGGCGCCGAGCUGAGCCAAUGAGCAGGGUGCCUACGAUCAUGAUCAGUCAUGACAUGCCACGUACGCUCAGGGAACCGGUUGAGAAUUCGGAAGACCUUUCUCCAUGAGACAGGUCUAGAGAGAUAAACAAAAUAAAUUGCACUUAUGCACAACAGCAGCAGCACUAAACCAGGCUGCAAGGUAGGAAGCACUCAAAGCCAUCUCAAAGUAGAGCAACAAGGCAUUGCCUUCCCCUUUACCCUGCCACUCAUUGCUUAACAUA